GCAGCGGUGGCAUCAUGCAGCAGGAUGCGGAGGGUGGCCGGCCACGCCGCAGGAAGCCAGACAUGGCCCUCUACGUGCCCAAAGCACGGCGGGAGAGAGCAGCGCAGGGGGCGGUUGACGCAGAGCAGCUGGGGACCCCAAGCCAGGCCAACCCAGGUGCCGAGGAGAGCUGGGACGCGCUGUUCAAUGACGAUGGGGACUGCCUGGACCCACGUCUGCUGGAGGAGCUCUCGGGGGGCAAGAAGCACCGGGAGAGCCAGCAGUCGCCUCGCUUUGACUACUACGGGGCUGAGCCCGCUGCGCCAGACCUCAGUGAUGCCGAGCUGCCCCACGUCAUCGAGAUCUAUGAUUUCCCCUCGGAUUUCCGCACCGAGGACCUGAUGCGCGUCUUCUGCAGCUAUCAGAAAAAAGGCUUUGAUAUUAAGUGGGUGGAUGAUACGCACGCCCUGGGGAUCUUCUCCAGCCCCAUAACAGCAUGCGAUGCCCUCAGCACCAAGCACCUGAUGGUGAAGACCCGCCCGCUCUCCCAGGGCACCCGUGCCUCUAAAGCCAAAGCCAGGGCGUACGCCG